CCAAUACAAGCUAGGUAAGCUUGCAAUAUAAUUGAGUUGAGAAGGAGUGAAUUUGCAUCAAUGGCUUCUCAAGGCCACAAUGUUGAUGAUCUUGAAGCUGGUAACUAUGUGGCUGAAGAAGAUUUCAGCAAAUACAAGACACUGCACAGAGGUACAGUGAAUGGGAAAUGGAAGGAAAAUCAAAAUUUCUUGCAGUAUAACAAUGUUGAUGAUAUUGAAGCAGGUAAGAAUGUGGGUGAAGAAGAUUUCAGCAAAUGCUUGACACUGUACCAAGCUACAGUGCAUGGGAAAUGGAACGAAGCUCAAAAAUUCUUGGAGGAUAACAAUAACAACCGUGCAUUAAUCCUGGUAGCCCCGAUCAACUUCCACAAAAACACUGUAUUGCAUGAUGCUGCUAAAACAGGCAAUAAGGUUUUUGUGCAAAACCUCGUGGCAAUGAUGGGAGAUAAUAAUACUAAAGAGGUGGGCGUGGUGAAGAACAGAGAUGGGCUCACGGCGCUCCACUUUGCGGCCCGGUUUGGGAACAAGGAGGUGGGUGAAAUCCUUGUAGGGAAGAACCCUAAUCUCCUGUAUGAAAGGUGCAACAGGGGUCUUCUCCCCAUCCAUUACGCAGCUUGUAAUACUCGCAGAUGCGUGGAGGUGUUUCGCUAUUUCUGGGGUGUCACUAAGGAAUAUAAUGAAGAUCCCAAAGUUAAUCCAUAUGCAGGCCCAACUGGUGCCACUAUCCUUGUUAACUUAAUCAAGUCUAAAUUCUAUGUGGUGGCAAUGGAGUUGGCUAAUAAAUACCCUGCUUUGACUUGUCGUCUGACACUAGACAAGGAAAUAUCUCCUUUGGAGGCCCUAGUCAAAUACGAUUAUCCUAUCUUUGACAAAACUACUCUACGUUUUUGGCAAACUUCAAUACAGAAUGCGUUGUUGUACAAGAUGAGUGUAGAGGAAAAAAUGGUGAAGCACGAAGAAGCAAAGAAACUUGUUGAAUGCUUGUGCGAUAAACUAAAAAUCUUAAACGACACACAAGUUGCCUCACUCGCAAAAGACGCAAUAAUUCAAGCAGCAUACUUGGACAUUGAAGAGGUGGUUGAAAAAAUUGUGGAAGCAAAUCCUACGACGGCUUAUUACAAAGACAAAAAUGGACGGAAUAUACUUCACAUUGCAGUAGAGAAUCGCAGUAAAAAUGUUUAUGACCUUAUUUGUGGAACCAAUGUGCUUAAACAUGAUUUAGUGGAUGAAAGAGACAACAAAGGAAACACAAUUGUGCAUUUGGCUGGAAAAUUGGCACCUUCACACAAACUCAAUUCCAAUCGUAGCAUUGUUUCUGGUGCAGCUCUACAAAUGCAACGGGAGCUACGAUGGUUUAAGGAAGUGCAAAAGAUUGCACCACCAUAUUUCUCAUCACUCAGAAACAAAGAUGACAAAACACCAAAGAUGGUGUUCACGGAUGAGCAUAAGGACUUGAAAAAGGAAGGGGAGAAAUGGAUGAAGGAAACAGCAACAGCAUGCUCAAUUAUAGCAGCACUCAUUGUUACUGUGGUGUUUGCCGCUGCUAUUACAGUCCCAGGGGGCAACAGUGAAGGUGUACUUAUCCAGGGCUUUAACGGCACAAUUAAUAAUAAUUCUUCAAUUAAUGGUACAAUUAUAAGUCCCAUGAAUGAAACAACCCCAGAUGAGGGCUUCCCCAUCUUCUCCAAAACGGAUGCUUUCAGAAGUUUUUAUGUCUUCAAUAGUAUCUCUCUAUUUACGUCUGUUCCUUCUCUCCUUCUCUUCUUGUCCAUCUUAACUUCGCGCUAUGCCGAAGAGGAUUUUCUGCACAGUCUUCCAUUGAAGCUAAUUGCGGGGAUCAUUACCUUGUUAGCUUCUGUUAUCUCCAUGAUGGGGUCCUUUUCUACCACGGUUUAUCUGGUGUUUGGUAAGACUGCCCUAUCGGCUCGUGUUGUUUUGAUGGGAUGUGCUGGUUUGGCUGUGGCUAUAUUUGUGCUUCUUCAGUUCAGACUCUUCUUAGCUUUCCUAUGGUCUACCUAUGGACAGGCCAUUUUGAAGAAACUAAAUCGUGACCGCACUGCCCACACCUUAUUUUGAUGGACUCCAAGCAACACGUGAUGGAUUAGUUUUUUUUUUUUUUAGUGAUGCAGAGAUCUGAUAUAAAAUUGAAGUAUGUGUUGUAUCUCAAUAAAAAGUCUGAGUUGAUAGUUGUAUUGCACUCAACAUGUCAACUAAGGCAACUAGCUAGCUUUUUUUUUGGGAAGUUAAGUUUUGCAUGGAUUUAAUUUGUGUAUAUGCAUGUUGUAUUGUAGUUUGUAUUGGUUUUUUUUUUCUUAGUAUAUUAUUGAAACGGAGUUUGUAAUAAUAAAUAAGUUUGAUUUAUAGAA